AUGGACUUCCUCGAGAGACAUAAUGUAACCCUCUUCUGUAAGGAGAAACGGAUCGAAUUUCGAAAUCGUCGCGAAGAACGUCACGAUCCCCCUUCGGAAUUACUUUUCCAGCCACCGCGACAACUAAAUUUACCGUCGUCAACACAACAUCACUCAGCAACUUCCGUGGGUUUAGGUAAAAAAUCCCGGAACGCAGCGAACUAUAUUCUUCAAGCUCGCGAAUCUAUAAAAAUUCCACCGUACGCCUAUGUAGGGGUACCAGUUAAACCACAUAGACCGUUUAAAGAUUAUUCAGAUCAUUCUGAAUAUGAUGUCACAUCAAUGACACAUUGUCCAGCGGUAGCAAAUGGAGUAAUAUCCCCAUGCGACGAUUUAUUUAUUCAAGUAGCUAAUUUUUCAAGAUCUUCUAUGAUCAUCCACCAACAUCAAAAACUCGCUUACAUGGAACGAAUGAAUCAAAACCAAGUAAACGUCGUAAACCUCUCUUCAACUGCGAAGGAAAAUCUCUCGAAAACAGAAAUUAAUUCUUGCAUAGAUUUAUCCCAAACGGGUUUAGACUCUAAACAGAAAUGUCUCAUAAAAAAAUUAAUAGAAUCUUACCCGGAGGUAUUUCGCGAUAAACUUGGUCGAACGUCUCUGUUAAAACACCAUAUUCAACUCGAGCCGAACACAAAACCGGUCAACAAACCACCAUACAGAAUAGCACCGGAAAGACGAAAAAUAGUCGAUAAAGAGCUGAAAGAUAUGUUAGAAAGUGGCACAAUAUCCGGAUCGAAUAGUCCCUAUGCUUCACCCAUUGUACUGGCCGCGAAGAAAGAUGGUUCUCUUCGUUUUUGUGUCGAUUACCGACGUUUAAACGCAGCCACUGUUCGAGACGCAUAUCCUAUUCCAAGAAUUGACGACACUCUUGACUCACUACAACAAGCUAAAUUUGUUUCUACACUCGAUCUAAAAUCCGGCUAUUGGCAAGUGGAGAUGGAUCAAGAAAGCAAACAAAAAACGGCAUUUAUUACUCACAAAGGAUUAUUCGAAUUCAAUGUUAUGCCAUAUGGACUUACAAAUGGUCCAGCUACAUUUCAGCGCCUAAUGGAUAUCGUUCUUGCUGGAUUCAAAUGGCAGUGCUGUCUAGUUUACAUUGACGAUAUCGUCAUAUUCUCACCUACGUUUGAUCAACAUCUGAUAGAUCUCAAUAACGUUCUUCAUAAAAUUCGAGAAGCAGAAUUAACUCUAAAAACAUCGAAAUGUCAAUUUUGUCGACGAGAAUUGAAAUAUCUUGGUCACCUCGUUACUCCCGAAGGGAUAAAACCCGAUCCUUCUAUCGUCUCGUCAGUCAGAGAAUUUCCUCGUCCACAAAAAAUCAGAACUCUUCAAUCGUUUCUCGGUCUCACUGGAUAUUAUCGACGUUUUAUAAAAAAUUAUGCGAAAAUUGCCGAACCUCUUCUCGAACAACUGAGAAAUAACAAGAAUAACCAUCUGAACUGGAAUGCACCGUGUGAGGAAGCGUUUAAUCUCCUCAAGCAGAUAUUAAUUAAAGCCCCGAUGAUGUGUAUCCCUGACUUCGAUCAACAAUUUAUCCUCGAACUCGAUGCAUCGGAUUAUGGGUUAGGAGCUGUUCUGGCUCAAGAAUUGGACAGGAAAAAGUCAGUGGUUGCUUAUGCUAGUCGUACGUUAACUCCAGCGGAGAGAAAAUACGGUGCCACCGAAAAAGAAGCGUUAGCAAUUGUAUGGGCAACCAAACACUUUCGUCCCUAUCUGGAAGGCGGAAAAGUACUCGUUCGAUCGGACUGUAAAGCUCUUCAAUGGUUAAAAUCUGCGAAAGAUCCAACAGGGCGUCUGGCCAGGUGGGCCAUGAAACUGAGCGCAUUUGACCUGGAAAUUAAACAUCGACCUGGAACGUCAAAUCAAAAUGCUGAUGCUCUAUCAAGAUAUCCAGUCGAGGUUCAUUCGCCAUAUUCUUCUAAUUAUUCAAAUGAAAAAGAGAUUAAUUCAUUAGACACAGCAGUAAAUAUCUGGGAGAGCUGCAAUAUCUUAGAGGAUAUAAAAGAAGAACAGAAAAAGGAUUCGAAACUCAAACCGAUAAUAGACUACUUACUAAAUAACACGACGAAAAGUAAUUCACCUCCUUCGAAAUCAUUUCGGAAAACGGCGUCUCAGUAUGUGAUCAUUAACGGAAUCUUAUACAAGACCCGGUCAAGAAACUCGAACGAACACGAAUCCGUUCCAGGAAAGAAAAACAUGAUUGUAAUUCCACAAAAUAGACAACAACAAAUACUAGAAUGGGCCCAUGAUCAUCCUACAUCGGGCCACUCUGGCCUUCAUAAAACACUUUACCGUCUAUUAACUCGAGUAUACUGGCCCGGACUGAGAAGAGAUGUGUUUAAAUACACUCAAGCCUGUUCAUCAUGCCAGCAAUUUAAAUAUUGUAAUCGUCCUUCAUCAACUCCCAUGCAACUUCAUUUAGUUACUGAGCCAUGGCACACUAUUGAAAUCGACAUGAUGGGGCCUUUUCCUCCUACUCAAAGACAAAAACAAUAUUUACUUGUCGUCGUUGAUUAUUUUACUCGAUGGGUGGAAAUGUUCCCUCUACGGACAACAACAGCAACAGAUAUGGCUAUUGUUAUCGUGAAUGAAGUCAUUUGCCGGUACGGAUGUCCCAAGUAUAUUCUAUCUGAUAAUGGACCCCAGUUUGUAGCGGAGAUGUUUACAGCUAUAUGCAAAGAUUUGGGAAUUAAAAAUAAAUUUACAGCCACUUAUCAUCCACAAACAAAUAUGACAGAACGAGUAAACAAAACAGUGAAACAAAUGGUCGCUCAAUAUGCAGAAGGCAAACCAAAUUCAUGGGAUAAAGAAAUAGCAAAAUUAGCGUUUUCCAUAAGAACAUCAGUUAAUGAUUCAACAGGACAGUCCCCGGCGUUCCUGAAUCUUAGUAGGGAACCUCAGCUUCCUCUUGAUCUGAUCCUCGAUGACCCUACUGAAGGCCCACCGGUACCUCCAGAUAAAAUAAAACAUGUGACUCUAAGUUAUCGUGACAGACUAAGUCAAGAUCUCAAAUAUGCUCAUUAUAUAGCUAAAGAACACUCGGAAGUACAAAAAAUCAAUCAAAAUAAUUAUUAUGAUCGACAUACAACUCAGAGAAACUAUGCAGAAGGCCAAUUAGUCUGGGUAGCUAUUCCGCCAGGGCUUAUGCCUGAAAAACUAACACCGAAAUGGCAAGGUCCUUGCAAAAUUCUUCGACAAAUUAGCCCCUCAUCGUUUAAAGUCCAACGUCUAUCAGAUGGGGUUAUUCUAGGUACAGUUAACUCGGAUCGUUUAAAACCGUAUUACGAAUUAAAAACCACUUCAACAGCGGAAGAUAAUUUAAAACCACCCGCAUCACUCAUGUCACUGCCGUUAACUCCAGUAAUUACGAAACAGAACAUAAUACCACCAGAACCCCUACUCCGAAGAACGAGUCGAGUUAGAAGACCAACGACUCGACUACCUACUUCAACGAUAUCUCACGCAGCAACUGGGACAUUUUUUGAAUAUAUUGGUCCAUAUAUACCGUCAAACAAAAUUAUAAAGAAUUCUGUAUCAUUUCCGAUGGGAAAAGCCACCUGUCAUCUAAUUCCACCAACACCCGCCAAAAGAAUACCGGAAUGCGCGUCGCUCUUUGAAACCAGAGAACAAAACUUAAGUUCUCGAUCUUCGAAAUCGUUAACGCGAAAUACAAAUCAACAGCAUCCGAAAGGUAUUCGUAUAACACGACACCGACGUUUUAUCGGAGAAAUCAUCGGCAUCGGCAUCGGAACCGCGGCACUGGCACUCUCAGCAGCAAACACCGUUCAAUUAGUUCAAUUAAAAAAAGUAAUCGCCGAAAACGAAAAUCGACUAACGCAAUCAGAAAUAAAAAUUCGGGAAGGCGAAGUUAAAAUGGAAGUCUACGAAAAAGGACAAAUCAUGCAAGCAAUAGAACUGAAAAAUACACAAAGUCUAUUGAACGCUACUACAGAAAUCGUAAACGAGCACUCAUCAGCUAUCGAAUAUAUCAAUCAACGAUUAUCAAGAUUAGAAGACAAGCAGCAACAGUCCUUUUUGGAUGUAGCCAUCAAUGAUAUAACUUCUAAUCGAUUAACUUUGUCGUAUAUUGAUUCGUCGGACGCGUCGGCUAUUGUUCGAGAUGUUCCACAUGAAACAAAAAACCGGACGAAACAAAUGUAA